AUGGGGCGAGAAGAUUUGCUGCGUUUAUGUCGGCAGCAUUUGCAGGCAAUGCUGCGCGCUGCAGCGGGCCUAAAAGUGCUGCUGUUAGACAAUGAAACUGUUGCUGCAGUCUCUUGUAUUUUGUCUCAGUCAGAUAUUCUGCAAAAAGAAGUUUUUCUUGUAGAAAGACUUGAUUCGUUUACACCGGGAAACUAUGAGCACCUCAGCACUGUUUGCUUUGUACGCCCCACAAAUCAAAAUCUGCUGCUGCUGCUGCAGCUGCUGCAGCAGCAGCAGCUGCCCCCACACCAUCAGCUGCAGCAGAUGCCGCAACAGCAGCAGCAGCUGCAAGACCUGCACCACCUACACCAUCUGCAGCAGCAACAGCAGCAGCAGCAGCAGCAACAGCAGCAGCUGCAGCAGCUGCAACAGCGACGUAUUAAAGAUCUUCACUUAUUCUUCUCUGCUUCUCUUCAAAGACAGUCAGAUACACUCAAACGUCUCGCCCGUCAUGAUUAUGCAGACAAGAUAGCACAGGUGUUUGAAUUGCUGAUAGACUUCGUUCCUCUCAGCCCUCGUCUUUUCUCUCUCUGCAUUCCGGCGGUCUCUCAGCUGCAGGCGAUGGUUCACGAGUUAAUCGGCAUUAAUUUAAACAGAGUCAAUUUGAAGAAAGUUCAAACAAAUAACACAAAAACAAACGCAAAUGAAGAAGUCAAGGAAAUUCUCCUCUCGCAAACGCACGACCCCUUCUAUGCAGAGACAAAGUCGUACGACCAUGUGACGACAGCAGAGGAGUUGAGGGAUAUCGUUGAAAAUUUACCCGAGUGCAAACAGCUGUCAGGCUCUGUAUUGAAGCACAUAACGCUGGUGCACGAAUUGUCGCGAGUUGUGCGGGAGCGACGCCUUCUCUUUUUGUCGGAGUUAGAACAGCGCAUGGCGACGCACAGAAAUAAACAAGAAGAUUUCGCUGAAAUUAAAAAUAUUAUUACUCAAGAACACAACGUCUCCCUACUCGAUAAACUCAGACUCGUGUUGCUAUUCGCAGUCAGAUAUGAAGACAGAGCGAAGACGAACGCGCUGAGGAUGGAGCUGCAGCAGCAGCAGCAGCAGCACGGCAUUGACAGCAGCAGCAGCAGCAGCACGAGCUUGUCUUUAAUUGAUGCUAUAGAGCUGUACACAUCAAACAGCAGCAGCAGCAGCAGCAACAGCAGCAGCAGCAGCUUCCAGCAGCAUCUGCAGCAAGGAAAGAAUCUGCUACAAACUGCGAAAAACCUCGCAAAGGGCAUCCAAGGCGUGAGUAAUGUCUACACUCAGCACAAAAGUCUUCUUUAUUCUGUUGUGGAUUCUCUUCUUAAAGGUGAAGCAUUAAUUAAUUAA